AUGGGCCCCUGUACCGCCUCCUCAUGCUGCUGCCAGGCCCGUAAUCUGCCAUGGGCCCCCGUACCGCCUCCUCAUGCUGCUGCCAGGCCCGUAAUCUGCCAUGGGCCCCUACGUACCGCCUCCUCAUGCUGCUGCCAGGUCCAGAGUCUCUCAUGGGUCCCUGUACGGCCUCCCAUUGCUGCUGUCUCCAUCGCCACACUCUGCCAUGUGCCACUUUCAGGUCUCCUCACACUGCUGGUGGGUUCCAUUUUGUCAUAGGGUGCUGGCAGAUUACGGGCCUCCCAUUGCUGCCCAGGCCCCUAAUCUGCCAUGGGCCCCUGUACCGCCUCCUCAUGCUGCUGCCAGGUCCAGAGUCUGUCAUGGGUCCCUGUACGGCCUCUCCCAUUGCUGCUGUCUCCAUCGCCACACUCUGCCAUGUGCCACUUUCAGGUCUCCUCACACUGCUGGUGGGUUCCAUUUUGUCAUAGGGUGCUG